AUUGAGAUACUCUCUCUUCCUCUGUCUUUGAUUCUUAUCAUCUAACGAACUAGUAAUUGCAAACCUCAAAUUCUCUUAUUAUUAUUUUAUUAAAAUUGUGUUAGUAAUUUGAUUUGGAAGGGGUUGGGUUGGGUUUGGUUGGUUUUCGUAUGAAUUAGGGUUUGUCGAAAGAAGAAAGGAGAUGUCAUACCUGUUGCCGCACUUGCAUUCGGGAUGGGCGGUGGAUCAGGCGAUUCUUGCGGAGGAGGAGCGUCUCGUUGUCAUCCGCUUCGGCCAUGAUUGGGAUGAGACCUGCAUGCAGAUGGAUGAAGUGUUAGCAUCAGUUGCUGAAACAAUAAAAAACUUUGCUGUAAUUUACCUUGUGGACAUCACGGAGGUUCCUGAUUUCAACACCAUGUACGAGCUCUAUGACCCAUCCACGGUGAUGUUCUUCUUUAGGAACAAGCACAUUAUGAUAGACCUUGGCACUGGAAACAACAACAAGAUCAACUGGGCUCUCAAGGACAAGCAAGAGUUCAUCAACAUUAUCGAGACAGUUUACAGAGGGGCAAGGAAGGGCCGUGGUCUCGUGAUUGCCCCCAAAGAUUAUUCAACCAAGUACCGUUACUAAGCCUCACAAGCAAACAUUGCUGCUUUCAUUCUUGUAAUCACCAUAUAUUGUGCAUCAUACCUUGAUGUUUCUGGAUCUGUAAGACAAUUCCUAUGUUUAAUGUUUUCUUCCAAAAACUGCUUAGCUGCUAUUACCAGCAAUAUAUGGUGUCUUUACAUGUGAGUCUGAAAUAAGCUUACAUGUCUGAAUGUGUUUUUAUCA